AUGGCGUCGCCGUCAGCUGGAGAAGGCGGGCGUCGACAGCUACCAUACGAUGCGCUAGAUCCACAAUGGGAGGCGCUUGAGUAUCAAGUUUUCCAGACCACAGCUGGAAGAGCUCAAAAGCAGGCUCCGUACGGCGCGUACCUUUUUGGCCGAUUGAUGCAAUCGGAUUUGCAUCACAGUUGUCGACCGGCGCUGCCUGAGAACGUUGCUAAACUCAGCAGAUCUACAAUUGAGGGCAUGUGCAUUCUUCAGGUGGUGGACGUGGCCAACGUCGGAGCUAAUCACGAGAAUCGCACCAAAUGUUCAUCCGCUGGACCGACACGUACGCUUAAGCUUGGUCUGACUGAUGGACACCAAUUGGUGUUUGGAUUUGAGUAUAGCUUGCUGCCGCAAUUUAGCGUCAACAUACCGCGCGGGACGAAGAUUGUGGUGGAGAACGUGCCAGUCAGGCACGGACUGUUGUUGCUAGGACCCGAUAAUUGUCAACUUUUAGAAAAAGUAGUGGACAGCUCAGGACCUAGCGGUGAAAAGAAAGAUCAUUUGACCGAACGAAACGGGUUGUAUGCUGGAGUGUACUCCUCAGCUCUGGUGACGUCACAGUUUAACUCUUCACAGCAGAAGCAGCAAGCACUCACACCUCAGAUUAUACAGAAUGAGGCCGCUCAAAUUUUGACUCCAACUGCAGCGCGUAACGAUGUUUCACGAAAAAAUGUAUCAAUGAGCACAGGUACUUUGCCAUCUAUGAACAGGAUAAAGCAAAAAGCUGCAGCUGAAGUCACUGCACCAACUUCUGUCUUUGUUGAUGCUCCUUCGACCAACGAUGACAUGGAUAGUGAUACAACCGAUCCAAUGGUGGAGCACCUGUUUUACAGCCCCAAGACCCCUCGACAUGUCAAUGAUUCAAAGCCAGUACACAACAGAGUGACUUCGUCUAGGAAGCGGCCUCGAUCACCAUCUGUUGGAGGAUCAGGCAGGAUGACGUUUAUCGAUAGUGGGAAUACUGCAAGCUUUUCACUUCUUCGUACAGAUUACACGAAUAAUGUUAUACCCGAUGCCUUGUCGUUGACAAUAACUCGCCCGUUCCAGUACUUCGAAGCGCGCUCACCAAAAUUCUCGGCACCACAUCAGGCUCCAGCAACAUUUGAGAUUCGUGCAUGCAUCAAGUCCGUUGUGGGGUUUCAAUAUACUACUGGUAGAUACCAGCUUCGCGUUACUGUUGAGGAUUGCACUGCGACGAAAGAGGCCGAUGUGGCUGAAGAUUUUGUGACCCGACUCAUGGGAGUACCGUGCUCUGAGUUUUUGAGAACAAUGCAAACGAAAGUGCAUGUUGCGCACAAAUGGGCAGCAAAUAUGCAAUUUGCCCUUAUGAAUUUAGAAGGAAUUAUGACUUUUGACGUGGGUGUUGCCGCAGCAGCAUCUGGCUCAGCACCUCUUUUGCUGAUCGACUGCCGUGAUUUCCAAUCGUCGGAUAGUCGCGAGUUGCUGCAACGAGUUAAAUCGUCAUUACUUCUUAAACCUCGAUAA